AUGGCCAGUGCACUUUUCAGAUUUGGCCAGUCAACCACCAGUGUUUGCACCUGGUUACAACUAGGAAGGCUGCUUAGCACACGUACACGGAGACCUAAUAGCUUUUCUAGGUCUAGAAUGGGAAGUUUUACUCAACCCAUGCCACAACUCCAUAACCCGUUCAGAGGAGACAUUUUUCUGAGAGCCAUUCUCACACGACUCAUGCCCAGAGAGGUGUCCCAGGAGGUGUUCAUUGAUCUGGACAGGUUUGGUGGAAGGCUUGUGGACGAGGUAGAUGCUCUAGGGAAGCAAGCCGAGCUUGAACCUCCAUAUCUCAGACCAUUCAAUGCUUGGGGUGAUCGUGUGGAUGAGCUAGUGACGUCUCCAGCCUGGAAAUCGCUUCACUGUGUGUCAGCAGAGGAGGGGCUAAUCGCUCUGGCUUAUGAAAGGCAGCAUGGACAAUGGAGUCGCUUGCACCAGGUGGCCAAGCUGUACCUGUUUUCUCCCUCCUCUGGCCUCUACUCUUGCCCUCUGGCCAUGACCGAUGGAGCAGCCAGACUAAUCGAGGAAAGUAACAAUGUAUUUUUAAAAAAGAGGGCGUUUUGUCACCUUACUGCAAGGGACCCUGAGAGCUUUUGGACCUCUGGGCAAUGGAUGACUGAGAAAAGGGGUGGAUCUGACGUAGCUGGAGGUACUGACACAGUGGCGUAUGGCCCUGACUCAGAGGGUAACUACAGCCUGCAUGGCUACAAGUGGUUCACAUCAGCCACUGAUGCUAACAUGGCCUUUACUCUGGCCAGAAUAGUCACUGAUCAGGGAGAUGUCACAGCAGGAUCACAAGGGCUGUCACUGUUCUAUGUUGAAACUAAGACAGAGGACGGUCAAUUCAACGAUCUGGAAAUACAGCGCUUGAAAGACAAGCUCGGAACUAGACAGUUGCCAACAGCAGAGCUCUUGCUUGAUGGCACCAAAGCACGUCUGGUUGGUGAGGAGGGCCGCGGUGUUUCUGGCAUCUCUCCCAUGCUUACCAUUACCAGACAACACAACAGCAUAUCAGCUGCUGGGGCAAUGCGGAGGAUUGUGCAGCUAUCCAGAGACUAUGCCACCAGACGUAGGGCUUUCGGGAAGCUCCUUGUGGACCAGCACCUGCAUAUGCAGACACUGGCCAGAAUGGAGGUAGAGACAAGGGCAUGCACAGUGCUCAUGCUGGAGGUGGCCAGAUUGCAGGGGCUAAUAGAAACCAGCUCAGUGUCAGAGCAGGAUAGAACCAUUCACAGAAUACUCACUCCCAUACUAAAGCUCUACACCGCCAAACAGGCUGUUGCAGUUUGUUCUGAGGGCCUGGAGAGCUUUGGAGGUCAGGGAUAUAUGGAAGACACUGGACUACCUACUUAUUUAAGAGAUGCCCAGGUUCUCCCUAUCUGGGAAGGAACCACCAACAUACUGAGUCUGGAUGUGCUUCGAGUGAUGCAAAAAUAUGGGCAAGAGGCAUUAUCGUCUCUAUUCGAGGCUACCAAAUCUAGGCUCUCUGAUGAUAGUAGACUGGCAGCACGUGGCCUAGGCCCCACUGCAAAGACACUCCGUGAGCACAUGAACAGCAUUGUGGUAUUUGGACAGGAGGCCAUGGUAGGAGAUUCUGAGCAGCUGCAGAAUGCCUCCAGAGACCUAUCUUUUUCACUAGCUCACGUGUUCAUCGGUGGUCUACUCAUUGAGCAUGCUUGCUCUGUGGAGUCAUCCAGUGCCGACAUCAAUGCAGCAAAAAGGUGGGCAAAGCGACCUCUCUCCUUAAGGCUGUACCAACAGUACAGCAAGGAGGAGCAAAGUAUUGACUCUGCGUUGGUUAUGAAUGGAUACGUCCCAAGUACAUCACUCUGAAAUUAUGCCCAGCUACACCAGUUUCUGUAUCCAGUGUAUAUAAGCUGUUCAAAAACAUCAUUUUUUUAAUUUUAUUGUUAACUGUUUGUACAUGUACCUGCAUGCAUGCAGACAUUUUGAUACAGUACUUAUAAUUAUUGUUGAUACACA